AUGUCUGCUAACCAUGCCCCUCAUCUCUUGCAACUUGUACUUGCUCUGACCCCAGAUCCUGUGGAAGCUGAAAGGGCUUCAUUAAGAGAGCAGCUUGCAGCUGCAUCAGCAGGGCUUGUGGCAGAGGCAAAAUGUGUGCCCAAUGACUGGGAGGACAUGUGGGAGGAGAAGGUGACAUGGCUGAGGUGCUGGGAGGAAAAGACAGCAAUAUUGAUGCCCCUGGUCAAGCAAGGGAAGGUGCUUGGGGUUUCUGUAUGGGUCAGUGCAGAAGAUGCUCCUGUGCUGGCAGAGGCUGAUGAUCUUUAUGAACAGUGGACUGCAGAAGAAGCUGAAGCACAUGCAAAGGUGGAGCAGGACAUUCAGAUGGGGGAAGAGACAGUGGUGGAGCUCAGUGAUGAUGGUGCAGUGAAGAUGUCGCAUGUGGAAGUUCCACAGCCAGCUCACAGGUCUCAGAAGACCAUUUCUGAAAGCAACAAAGAGCCUACCUGGCUGAAGAUCUGUAUCCCAGCCACAGGUAUGAUCACCCACAAGGAGCCAUGCAUGCAGUGUGCCCUGAAGAGGAUCUCUUGUACUGGAAUGUUGGGCAAGACCUGUGAUGUGUGUGCAAAGAUCAAGCAGGGCUGUGAAAAGUCAAGCAAGGCAGCAGGCAAGAAGGCCCCUAAGGCCAGUCCAUCAAAGUGGGGUCAUGAUGAUGGCAACAAUGACAUCAUGGAGGUGGUCAAGAGCAGGGCCCGCAGAAAGGGUAAGGUACCAGUGUGUGGUGGAUUGGAUGACAAGACUGCUGUGGCCUUGUCUCGAGCACUGAUGAUGGUGAGGGCCAAGGCCAUGGCUUCGCACACAGCCACCAUGCAUCUGCAGGUCUGCAUCAACCAGCUCAUGGAGGCCCUUGAAGAGCUUGGCAUAGAGUAG